AAAAAAUUACAACCCCUCUGUUCCCAACUGAUAUUUCGAUAACAAAAUAAAAAAAUAAAAUAAAAAUACAGUACGAACUUCUUCUUCCUCCUCUUCCUCCUCUCUCCCCCUCUGCGGAAAAGCCUUCGAAUCUGAAGAAGCCGGCGGGAAGAUAUAGCCACCGGGCAAAAUGUCGAUGGUGGAUGAGCCAUUGUACCCAAUAGCAGUACUGAUUGAUGAGCUGAAGAAUGACGAUAUUCAGCUGAGGCUCAAUUCAAUACGCAGGCUGAAUACAAUUGCACGUGCCCUUGGCGAGGAGAGGACCCGGAAAGAACUGAUUCCUUUUCUGAGUGAAAAUAAUGACGACGAUGAUGAGGUCCUACUUGCAAUGGCAGAGGAGUUGGGAGUCUUUAUUCCUUAUGUUGGGGGUGUGGAGUAUGCCCAUGUCUUGUUACCUCCUUUGGAGACUCUUUGCACUGUAGAAGAAACCUGUGUGCGAGAUAAAGCUGUGGAGUCAUUGUGUAGAAUCGGGUCCCAGAUGAGGGAAAAUGAUUUGGUUGAAUGGUUUAUUCCCCUUGUGAAGGUUUGAUAACUUUCCUGGAUCAUUACUCCAUUAUACAAUAGGGUGACAUUAUUGCUGGGAAUGAAGUUUCGUUUUAGUUGUUUGCAAUGGGAUUUUUUCUGUUUUCUGAUUACUUUUUGGGUUCUCCCUCUUCUCAUUACGUAGGUGAUUAUUAUUUACUAUUUUAUGCUGUGAUCUGAGGUCGAGAUAGGUGCAUGUCAGAGUUGAUAACUUUACGCCUUAUAUUUGUUGGCAAGCAAGUUUUUAAAACUAAUUCUUUCUUCUAGCCAUUCACAUUAGGCGUGGGAUGGUUUAUUUCUCACUAGACCUGAUGUAUACAUGUUUACCAUGAUUCUCUUAGUUUAUCCUGUCUAACAUUGUAAUGUGUUUUAUCUGAGUCGUUGAUCGUCAUGUGAUACAUGUGCAUUAUUUCUAUGCAUGGUUGCAUUGCAUUACAGAGGCUUGCGGCUGGCGAAUGGUUUACUGCCCGGGUUUCUGCAUGUGGACUUUUUCAUAUUGCCUAUGCAAGUGCACCGGCAAUGUUGAAGACAGAACUUCGCUCUAUAUACAGCCAAUUGUGUCAAGAUGAUAUGCCUAUGGUGAGAAGAGCUGCGGCUACAAACUUAGGGAAGUUUGCUGCUACAGUUGAACCUGCUCAUCUUAAGACUGACAUCAUGUCAAUGUUUGAGGAUCUGACACAAGAUGAUCAAGAUUCUGUGCGCCUACUAGCUGUAGAGGGUUGUGCUGCUCUUGGAAAGUUGUUGGAGCCCCAAGAUUGCGUUGCACAUAUCCUGCCUGUUAUUGUCAACUUCUCUCAGGAUAAGUCUUGGCGUGUCAGAUAUAUGGUUGCAAACCAAUUAUAUGAGCUCUGUGAAGCUGUUGGACCUGAACCUACAAGGACGGACCUCGUUCCUGCAUAUGUGCGUUUACUUCGUGAUAAUGAAGCUGAAGUGCGUAUAGCUGCAGCUGGUAAAGUCACCAAAUUUUGUCGAAUUCUUAAUCCAGACCUAGCUAUUCAGCAUAUUCUUCCUUGUGUGAAGGAACUGUCAUCAGAUUCUUCCCAGCAUGUUAGGUCAGCCUUGGCCUCUGUUAUUAUGGGAAUGGCUCCUGUUUUAGGAAAGGAUGCGACCAUUGAACAACUUCUACCAAUUUUCCUCUCUCUUCUGAAGGAUGAAUUUCCUGAUGUACGCCUCAACAUUAUUAGCAAGCUUGAUCAAGUCAACCAGGUCAUUGGUAUUGAUUUACUAUCACAAUCUUUACUGCCAGCUAUAGUUGAGCUUGCAGAGGAUAGGCAUUGGAGAGUUCGUCUUGCAAUCAUCGAAUACAUACCAUUACUGGCAAGUCAGCUUGGUGUUGGUUUUUUUGAUGACAAGCUUGGUGCUCUGUGCAUGCAGUGGUUACAGGACAAGGUUUAUUCAAUUAGAGAUGCAGCUGCAAAUAACCUGAAACGCCUGGCAGAGGAAUUUGGUCCUGAAUGGGCAAUGCAGCAUAUUGUUCCUCAGGUUGUAGAUAUGGUAAAUAAUCCUCACUAUUUAUAUCGAAUGACCGUUCUUCGCACAAUUUCACUGCUUGCUCCUGUGAUGGGUGCUGAGAUCACUUGUUCUAAGCUGUUGCCUGUGGUUGUUACUGCAUCAAAGGACCGGGUUCCUAACAUCAAAUUUAACGUGGCAAAGGUGUUGCAGUCUCUGAUUAAUAUAGUUGACCAAUCGGUGGUCGAGAAGACCAUUCGGCCGGCUUUGGUAGAACUUGCGGAGGAUCCAGAUGUUGAUGUCCGUUAUUACGCCAAUCAAGCACUUCAAUCGAUUGACAGUGUCAUGAUGUCCAGCUAAAUAGCUUUUACAUUCAGGACAUCCUAUUCCCGUUCCUUCCAGGCACCCCCCACCCUCACCCUGAAAGUAAUCAUUUGAGUUGAGCGAUAGUUUUACUGUAAUUCUUGGAAACUUGUUUGAAUUAAUGUUUACAGUUGCAGAAUGUAGUAUUAAACAGGUUUGUUGUUUUUUGUAAAAUAUCAAUCAGGGUUAUUUAUUUUUCAUUUUUUGGCCAAAAUGAUAUUGCUAUUAAUAAUUUUUAUUUUUGGUAGUUCAUAGGGCAACUAAGAGAAUUUGUGUUUUCUUCUUUCUUUGCGACCAUUGAAAGAAGUACUUGAAUUUUGGGAACUAACGUGCUCAAUGGAUAUUUAUUGUUGCUUGC